AAGGCCGCAGCGCACCACAAAACCCUAGCCGCCUCCGCCCCCCUCCUCUUAAACCCCCAACCCCCACUCCCCAUUCUCCAUUCCCCCCUCCCCCGCCGUCUCGUCCCAGCUCGCCCUCCAGAGGUUUUAGUCUUCCUUCAUGGCGGCCCUCAUCAAGCUCGGAAGCCUUCUUAGGCAGAGUGCUGUGGCGAGCAGUGCCUCGACCGGCUCGGCUCCUGCCCUGUUCAACGCUGCCCGCUUCAUGUGCGCCGGCCAGCCUGCUGAUGGCUCCAAGCUUUUCGUUGGCGGUCUUGCCUGGGCUACUGAUGAUCAUUCGCUGAAGGAGGCGUUUCAAAGCUUUGGUGAGGUCGUUGAAGCACGUGUUAUCACUGACAGGGAGACUGGAAGGUCUAGAGGGUUUGGUUUUGUGAGCUUCGCCAGUGGCGAGGAUGCAAAGAGUGCUGCAGAAAACAUGGACGGCAAGGAGCUUGCUGGGAGGAACGUCCGUGUGAACUUUGCCAACGAGCGACCUUCGGGUGGUGGCGGCGGUGGCUUCUCUCGUGGCGGCGGUGGCUAUGGAGGUGGUGGCGGCGGCUACGGCGGCGGUGGCUACGGUGGUGGCGGUGGAUACGGCGGCGGCCGUGGUGGUGGUGGAGGUGGCUAUGGUGGUGACCAUGAGUCCUACUAAGAAGAGCACUGGCUAUCAAAUUUAAAAUAAUGAAGUUUUUAGGACAGUGUCUUGAUUAUGUGGAACCUAAUGUUACGUCGUUCUAUGUUCUUUUUGGUUUUGGUUUGUUUCUUGAUAGUGCAAGAGUUAAUUUGUGUAUGCUGCUUCGAGGCUCGGAUGAGUCUCAAGGAAGUUCAUGCAUUUUGCCGUAUAUUGCACUGUACUUGUAGAGAAUGAUCGCGUAUGUUAGUGUGAUCAUAAAUUCUCUUCGAAUUACAUUCAAAUAUAUUGAGAUCUUCGCUAGAAAUUUGGUAA